AUGGUAGAACUAAGGCUUGUUCAAGGGUCUCUACUGAAGAAGGUGUUGGAGGCGAUGAAGGACUUGGUGAAUGAUGCCAACUUCGAAUGUUCAGCCAUCGGGUUAUCAGUUCAAGCCAUGGAUUCUAGCCACGUCUCAUUGGUGUCCAUGUUGCUCAGGUCAGAGGGUUUCGAGCGCUACCAAUGUGACCGUAAUGUUUCAAUGGGGAUUAAUCUGGGCAACAUGUCGAAGAUGCUUAAGUGUGCUGAUAAUGAUGACAUCAUCACCAUCAAGGCUGAAGACUGCAGCGAUUCUGUUACUUUUAUGUUUGAAAGCCCCACACAGAAGAUAUCGGAUUUUGAGAUGAAAUUGAUGGACAUCAAUUGUGAGCGAGUUGGAAUCCCAGAUUAUGAAUACAAUGAUAUUAUUAGGAUGCCCUCAGCUGAGUUUGCAAAGAUUUGUAAAGAUCUUGCCGGCAUUGGUGAUUCUGUUGUGAUCUCUGUGACGAAACAAGGUGCAAAGUUUUACACAAACGGUGACAUUGGAGCUGCUGCCAUUGUAAUCAGGCAAAAUACUACGGUAUAUAAGCCAGAAGAAGCAACAAUAAUUAAAGUGAAAGAGGCAGUGUCAUUGACAUUUGCAAUAAGGUUCAUGAACUCAUUUACAAAGGCAGCUCCAUUGUCAGAUACUGUGACAAUCAGCUUGUCCUCAGAUCUGCCUGUUGAGGUUGAGUACAAAAUUGGUGAGAUGGGUUACAUCAAAUUCUGUUUGGCUCCCAAGCUUGAGGAAGAUGAGAAUUAG